GGGGAAGGUGAGACGAGGAAGAGGGUCCUGGGAGAGGAGCAUCCCUCUACGCUGACGAGCAUGCACAACCUGGCGGCGACAUACGAGAACCAAAGCCGAUGGAAGGAAGCGGCAGCGCUACAAGUACGAGUGAUGGAGACGAGUUUGAGGGUGCUAGGAGAGGAACAUCCCUCUACGCUAACUAGCAUGGGCAAUCUAGCAUCGACAUAUAUGAACCAAGGUCGAUGGAAUAAGGCGGAAGAACUAGAGGUGCGAGCGAUGGAGACGAGGAAGAGGGUGCCAGGAGAGGAGCAUCCCCAUACGCUAACCAGCAUGGGGAAGCUGGCGUCGAUAUAUGGGAAUCAAGGUCGAUGGAAUGAGGCGGAAGAGCUGGAAGUGCGAGUGUUGGAGAUGAGUUUGAAGGUGCUAGGAGAGGAGCAUCCCGAUACGCUGACCAUCAUGGCCAACCUGGCCAUUACCUGGAAAAAACAAGGCCGUGCUAGAGAUGCUUUAGCCCUAAUGCGAAGUUGCGUUCUGCUGAGGCCUCCCCCGCACGCAAAUCCCGCAAAGAUGUUGCUGUCCCACGUCGUCAGUGAUGGCAAUCCAUCGCCGUCCUGACUCAUCGAUCGGAGGAGAAGCCAUCUCGUUGAUACCAUCAUAUCGCACAACAAGGCCAACGUGCCCUCUCGGUGAAGAUGGCGCCUAGCUUGUUUGAGAAAGCGAAAUUCAAGGCCAGAAGGUUGUUGCAGGCCGCUCCCCAAGAAUCCGCCUCGGCUCCUUCACCACAAACACCUUCGCCAACACCAUCUCGGCCUGCAUCCCAACCAACCACUCGACCGACAUCUCAGCUAACGCCUUCUCCACCUACCUCGACGGAUUCCGACACCUCGCCGCUGCCGACUCUACAAGAGCGACUUUGGAACCAGGCCUACGACGGGCUCAAAGCGAGCGAGCCC